GCUGAUACUACCUCAUCAUCUCAUACGAACAUCCUCGUCCUUACUCCAGGUUUUCAGAGAUGCAUGCACCCUGCGCCUAUUCUACACCGCUCCGCUAUCCCAGACAAACUUCUCUAUCACACCACUCCAUCCACGACCGAGCCUCCGGGCACGCCCUCGAGAAAUUUAUCAGAUAAAGUCCUACUCGCCACACUUCGAGUCGAGGUUCAACUUUUCGCCACCAAUGUCCCCUUGACACUCCUUUCCCGCGAAAUUAUAGCAAAUCGUGAAAAGAAGGAGGAAAUAACAUACAAGCCCGACCUGGCAUACUCUGGUCACUCGGGAAGAUGGGGCUUCCUCCAAAAUCCGGCUACAAUCGCACACGAGUCAACGCCCUGGUCUUCGUUACCAGCAAAAUCGGCCCAGAAGUCCUGCCCUAUCUCAUGCAGAACCCCGACCUCAAUCUCCGUGUUAUAUCAGACAGCCCCAAGGCCGAAUUUCAAUCGUACAUGAGCCCAGGCGUCAGUCUCGAUCGAGUGCAAUGGUUCGAGAACACACCGCAAGACCCUUACCGCAACCAGGCCAUGAUGCAGGGCCACAGACUCGCAAGAUGGGCGGAUCUUAUGUUCAUCGUCUUGGAUGCGGGUAUGAUCUCCCUGAUGCUGAGCGGCUUUACGACCGACAUUAUCCUCCAUGUGCUGCGGUGUUGGGACGUAUCGAAAAGGAUAGCCUUGCUGCCGGAAUUGAGUGUGGACCAGUGGAAACACCCUACUUGGAAAAAACAAUUGUCCAAACUUGCGCGUAGAUGGGAUUGGGUCCAUGUUCUAUCGCCGGCGUUAUGGGACUAUGCUGAAAACCCUCACAACUACACGCAACCUGGUCCCAACCCUCUCGGAAAGGAUAGCGAGCCCGAAAUAGAAUGGCAGUGGGACGGACCUGAGGAAAUCAUUGAAGCGAUCGAGAGCGAGGCCCAAACAAUCCUCCGGUCGACUUUCAUCAGCAAGUCUUCCAUGCCUCACCUCUCCCCAAUCCAUUCUGGCUCCUCGAAACCACGACUGCCCUCCGAGAUUUGGACAAUCAUACUCGACCACCUGGGUGACUGGGAACUUGCAACAGCGCUGGGAAUCUAUACACAUAUUCCCACACCUCAUGAAUGGGAAUCUCUCACGCCUAAACCGGGUUCGAAGAAGGUUCCGUCGCUAGAGUACACGAUCCUGACGCAACCUGUGUCCCAGAUCAAAACGUACUUCACGAAUAAUACUUCAUCUCAGCCGCCGACCACCCUCUCACCAAUCGCAACCCGCCUUAUCUUUCGCUUCAGCAUGACUGAUCUUCUAACCUAUCUGGCACUGCAGCAGAAGGACAUUUUCUGGACAUCAUUCGGCCUAGCUCUCCUUCCGCACAAAGCUUCCUUGAUAUACAACUCGCCAACAAUCCUACAAUGGUGGAAAGACUGUCCUGCCGUGAUCAAAAAGGAGUAUGGCCCCGAAGCCAUGGACGGCGCCUCAAGAGCUGGAUUUGUCGAAGUGUUGGACUGGUGGCUCGACUCGGGCUUGAGAUUGACAUACACGGAGAAAGCACUCGAGUCGGCAUCGGCCAAAGGACACGUCGAAGUUCUUGAGUGGUGGCGCGUCAACUCGCUCAAAUUGGCUGGUACGCCCCGCGAAAUGCCCUUGAAAGUCGGCAAGUCGAUCUUGCUUGCUGCACAGUCCGGCCGCACCAACAGCAUCGAGUGGUGGGAGAACAGCGGCAUCCCGUACGCGCACGAAGACGGCGUCGCCCGUUUAGCCUCGGCCCAUGGCCACGUCGGUGUCCUAGAGCUCUGGCACAGCUACAAGGGCAGCAAGAUGAUUUUCGACAACCAGGUUCUUGUGGGUGCCACGAAGAACGGCCAUGCGGGUGUCCUGCAGUGGUGGAAGGACGUCUCGCGCAAGACCGGUCUACGGGUUGAGUACAAGACCUGUGACAUUGAGGAGGCUAUGGAGGAUGCCGUCGGUGGCGGAGGCGAAGGCGAAGUCAGGGAGUGGUGGGGUCGCAACGGAUUGAACCUGGGUGUCGGGACAGGAGAGUGGAUGAGAGUCAAGUCGCUGUAAGGGUCUCGAGCGGAGGUUGCUCUUUCCCGUUCGUUCGUUUGUUGUCCGUGCUUGUGCUGUUGUUGAGCAAGGUGUCUGGCGCGGAGCUACGUUAGGCCGUCCCACACGACGGCUCCUAACGGGCUCAGGUUUCGUUCAAUAAAUUGUGAAUCUGAAUCUGAAUCUCUAUCUAGAUGGAAAACACUUCCGG